AUAGCCCCCACCUUAUCCACAGGUGGAGAAGCGAAAAAAAAAAAAAUCAGAGAAGAAAAAGAAGCUCUAAUUCUAAUCCAAGAACGUGGUCAACAUGCAUUAGAAUGGGGAAAGAUGAGUGCUUCAGUUUUUUCGGCUCUCACCACUGCUACCAUUGCUGCCACUCCCGCCUUUGCUUCUGGUCUCCACCACCGCAAUAAAUGCAUUUUCACUUGCAAGCCUUUUACUGCGUCCUCUCAUUACCACCACCCUUUUUCACUUCGAGUUACAAAUGAUUCUAGAAGCACAGAAUUGUCUCCUGAGCCUACCAUUGAAAAAUCAGAUGCUGAUAAGAUUGUUGAUGGUAUGGACUUCGGUGAGCUCUGUAAUGAGUUUGAGUGCGUUAGUAGCCCCAUAGUGGAAUCUACAGCAAGACAACUUGUUCGCGAUAUCCUAGAGCUUCGGGAAGGCAAUCGGGCCCUUGGAACGUACGCAGUUUCUGUCAGAUACAGGGAUCCAGUUAGAAGUUUUGCUGGUCGUGAGAAAUACAAGAGACCACUAUGGGCAACCAGUGCACUAGACAACCCCACUGUGUCUGUGCAGGAAAUGAGGAUGCUAUCAACCAGUGUCCUGAGCAUCAAGUGGACAAUUAAAGGGAAGCCUAAAUCUUUUCUUGCUGGUAUAGGAGGAGAUUUGAUAAUUAGAGUUAAUUCUCAAUUCACUCUCAACCAAAUUAGUGGCCAAGUGAUUGAGCAUGAGGAGUUCUGGGAUUUAUCAUCUUCAUCUGCUAUUGCUCAAGCAUUCUUCUGGACAUCAAGACGUCUUUUUGCUACAAAUGAGGUUGGAAAAGAUUUGGCUGACGUUGUUAAGCACUUAACAAGCCGUUUCUCAACUGAGAAAGAAAACUUGGAGAUAUAUCCAGACCCCUCAGGCGAUCCAACAAAGUUCUUUCAAAGGGAUGACAGCUUCCAAAGAGAUGCAUACCAAAUUGCACUACUUCUAGCAGUCUUCUAUUUUGUUGUACAGUUUUUGAGGACCACCUUGUAAUACCUACUUCGGCUACAAUCUACUUUUGUAAUUGUGGCUAUAAGUAUAAUUAUUUGAACAGUAUAUUGUUGUAUAAAUUAAUCUAGUAUCAUAAAUCACAUUUUAGCUGUUUUGGGAAUGAACUUGAUUCUCCCAGCUACAUUGUACUUCAUUUAGCUAUUCUAUAGCAGUCAUAAAGAUGUCUCAGAAAA